GAUUGCAUCAAUUUUGCAAAAGAUCAAUCCGAAUUGGUCUGAUGAUCGCUUAUUCCAGGAGACUCGAAAAAUUGUCGGUGCUGAAGUACAAGCAAUAACGUACAAAGAAUAUUUACCUAAAAUUUUGGGAAAUUCGAUGGAUAAACAUAUUGGUCCUUAUAGAGGAUACGAUCCACGAGUUGAUCCCACCGUUUCCAAUGUAUUUACAACUUCAGCUUAUCGAUUUGGACAUGGAAUGCUUCAGGAAUUUUAUCAACGGUUAGAUUUCUCGGGAAAUAAUAUUUCUCAUGGAGGAUUUCUAUUUGGUGAUGGUGUUUUCAAAUCGAGCAAAAUUUUAUUUGAAGGUGGAAUUGAUCCAAUUUUACAAGGUUUCAUGAUGACACCUGUAAAACGACCUCAUCGAAUGACUAAAGCAAUCACAGAGAAAAUGUUUGGCAGUACCGAUCUUGGAUCCGUCAAUAUUCAACGUGGACGCGAUCACGGAUUACCGUCAUACAAUAAAUGGCGACAUUUUUGUGGAAUGCCGUUGGCUAAUGAUUUUGAAGACUUGAAAAAUGAAAUUUUAGACAAAAAUGUACGUGCCGGUUUAGCAAAAACUUACAAAACACUUGAUGAUAUCGAUUUAUAUAUCGGUUCAAUGGUUGAAGAUCCGGUUAUUGGCGGUUUAGUUGGUACGACAUUGGCUUGUCUAAUUGGUGAUCAGUUUAAGAGGUUACGUGAUGGUGACAGAUUUUACUACGAGCGUCCCGGUGUUUUUACUCAAGCGCAAUUAGCAGAACUUCAAAAGGUUACAAUGGCCAGUAUCAUUUGCAGUAACGGUGAUCAUUUUAGUACCAUUUCACAGGAUGCAUUUUUGAUAACACAAAGACGUCUUGUACAAUGUUCAUCAAUUCCACAAAUUGAUUUAACAAAAUGGCGAGAAUAA